UAUUAUAUAUUUUAUGCAUGAAAAUACACAAAUUUAUAAAAUCACAGAAAAAUCAGUGGGGAGAAUGUUAUAUGUUGUAUACUCGAAAUUGUUCUUUUUUUCUAUCGUAUCUAUUUUAGAUUUCUAUCGUAUUUUUAUUAUCUUCUCAUUUCAAACUAUUUUACAAUAUAUAUUGUGUCUCCUUUGUGAGUGUCCUAAGCUCCUACGCUUUUGCGUUCCAGUUCUGUCAACGUAGAAACGCGUUAGAUGAAAGGACAGAGCUACAUUCAAAACGUAUCAUUUACUCUUGUUCACCAAAUUAAACAAAGACAAAAUAAUAUAUGAAAACAUUCGGGUGAUAUUUCCGUGAACGUAGUCCAGUAUAUUGGAUAUUUCACGAAAAGUGCAUGAUCGCGCAAGUUACUCGCAUAAGCCAUGUUUUUGUCCGGAUCCAAUGAAAUUAAACAUGGUAGGAACGUAUCUAUUAUACAAAUUUGUGAAAAUAAAAAAUUAGUGUACUAUGAUAUUGAUAAUCAAUUUUUGUAUUUAAAAUCAUCUUAAGAUUAUAUUUCAACCAAUAAAAUAGCCGUACAAAGCCGUACUUACGUGAGGCUCUGUGCACAAAGAAGAAAUAUUAGAAACAGAAGUAGAGAAAUAAAUAUUAAAUAUUAAGAUUAUGGACAAUAGACAACAGAAAUAGAGAAUAAAGGCAAUAGAUUUCAAUUUAUCGGAAAUCGUGUAUCAAUUACUAAAUCGACGUAUCAACAAACACAGUUUUCGAUAAACUAAAUUUUGCCUACGUUAUUUUCUGUUUGUUAGUUUCUGUUGCGCAUUAUGCAUAGACCUUAACAUUUAACAUUUAAUAUUUAUUCCAGUUCCUAAUAUUUCUUCUAUAGUGCGUAAAAGCUAACAAUUUUAAACACAAGAGCAGACUAUCAAUAUCGGCCUAUGUGUGAUUAUGUCUAUAACGGGGCACUUAAAAUUUCUUCACUCGUUCCUGGAUUUCCAAACAGCGUGGCGAAAUAUCACGUGACCGUCACGCAGGGAUCAAAGAUACCGACGCGGAGUGUUCGUACCGGUUACAUCGCGGCGGACAGAAGCGGCAGGCGAUUAUAGGGUGGAGGGGAGCGUGGAUGCGUUACGCGCCACGCAUGUGCGAGAGAAGAAGCCGGUCCACGGAUCGUAGCACCGCACCGGGCGCGGAAGAUUCGAGGGAGUCGGGGAUCACGAAUGGCCGGCGCGUCGCACCGGGCGAGGAUGCGGGAAGAUGGCGGCGGCGGUGGAGUCGAGCGAGGUGAAGUGUACCGAUGUUGAGAACGCGACGGCGGACAGGGCGGGUGCGCCUCGUGCGACGACGCCGCGCCGGCAGGCCGAGCUUUACCGAUUCCGCGCCACCGACCUGUUAUACUACGCGUCCUCAGUCAGUUUCUUUUUCGCGGAUGUAGCAACAGGCGCUUCCGCCGUAGCUUCUUUCUGCUCUCUGACAUGGGCCGUAAGUACAUACGUGAGGGCCAUGUAUAAUAUUAAUCGCGAGCGUAGCAACGCGACGUGGAUCGCUCUCGCUCUUCAGGUUCUCUGGCGCAGCGGUAUGCUACUGUCUAGAAUUGGAGUUUUGGUAUUAGCGGCUAUCUUUCUGAGAGCGUGGUUCUUUUUGUUUCUAGGUUUGCAUUGGUUAUUCAUGACUAUCUGGGUGAUCCUGCAGAAGACGGAGUUUUGUCCUACUGUAUGGGAGGAGCGCAUUUAUAAUUGUAUCAUCGGAUUGAUCUAUUGCUUUGAUUUCUUUAACCUGCGAGAAGGCAGAUCACGUUAUCGCGUGCUCAUCUUUUAUUCGGUGAUCACGGCGCAGAAUCUGGUUUUCCUGAUCAUGUACGUGUUGCAUUUCAAAGAUACCGUUGCGAGCGAGACGAUGAUCGCGAUCGCGACGGUGAUAGUCGGCGGUAUGUUCGUCGGUUUGACGAGUAUGUCACUGUAUUACGGCAAGUUUCAUCCGUCAAAAAUGUCGACAAAUAUCUCCGGGAACAUCAGCGAACACUCGCAUUCCACAGCUACAAAGGGUGAUACAUCCAAAUCCUUCAAACUGUUCCAUCGUGGCUCCUUGGUAUCUCUGCAUCAUUCCAUCGAUAGCUCGCCGAGGACCGAGGAGAUGCCCACUGACAAACAAUCAUUACUCACGAAUAUUGUGCAGAUCUCCGAUUGCGUGGAGGAGGGCAUCGUCAAUCGCAACUACAACUCGGAAAACGAGUCCAAUGCAAGUGUUGUGCGCGUCUCCACCGAGUGUGAAAGACCGCAUAGCCGUAUCGGCGCCAAGUACAAAGACGAAGUCACGUCGUCAUUCAACGACAAUAUGGACAACACGCUUACUAGCAGUGCACCAAGUUUGCUGUAUCCAGGUCUGUCCGACAUCGAUUCAUCCCGAAAACGCCGCGGUAUUUACGAGCAUGAUAUCAUGCCGCAAUUGGACUGGCACGCGCCGGAUAUAUUGAACAUUGAUCUUGAUCAACUUGGCGGCCUCGACAAUGCUUGCGAGCGGAGUAAUUCUCUCAUGUUGGAUUCCUGCAGUAAAGUGAUCGGCGCGUUGGAUGUUAUUAAGAACAGAGAAAAGUUGACGACUCCUACACUGCUGGAAAGUAGCCGGAUAUUCGAUAUAGAGAAGGUGUCAAAGGACCUGCAGCAGCAGCAACAGAAGGACGAGACGAUGAGUUGCGUGACGUCGAUCCACGACUACGAGAACGUAUGCCCACUGGGGAUCGCCCGGCCGCCUUGGUGCAUCCGCAGCUGGAAGGGUUAUACAGACAUUGAGACGUACAUUCAUGACGAUAGCGUAGUGCGCGAUCGACGGCGGGACACUUUGACGAGCACAACCGGCACGACGUACAGUUCGGAAUAUUCCGAUGGGAUGAUCUCACGAGGGAUAUUAAAGCAGGACGAUUAUGCGGAUGCUCUGACUUAUGAUCUGGUGGAGUCUAAAGGCAACAAGUCGUCUUAUAGCGAUAGCACAUUCUCCGCGUCUACCGUGGACGACCAAAAUGCCAGUUUAUACAUAGCUAAACCGGUGGUAUUCGAUGAUCGAGGUGGCAUGCUCGCGUUGGACACGAUACUUGAAGAACGUGACGAUUUGUCAUCGUCGGACGAGAAGUUUGGAACAGAACCGUUGCGCGACUCCGCGAGCACCUUAGUGAGUACGAUAGAUCAAAUCAGGCGGUAUACAGCAGAGAAUUCACCGCGACACAUCUAUCACACUACCGAGACUCAGUGGGAAGAUUUGAAUCCUAAAAAUUUAAUGGCGCGGGCACGCUUUACCAAAGUAUUGUUUAACAACGAUCUUAGAAAUUCCUCAGCGAUGACCAAUCCGUUCAAUCUGACUGCUCAGGACAUUGAGAAACGUGAGAUAGAUGCUAUUAGAGAAUUUGUUCGGUGUUGUGCGAUAGAGUCCAUAAAAAAAACUCCCCUGAUAGAUGCUAUCUUAUCGGACUCGCCAAUUUUGGGCAGCAGGGUAAGUAAACUUGUGCGGCAAGUUACAUUUGUAGAUCACAAGGAUGAUUUCGAGACGAACGAAAAUGACUUGUACGUCGAAAUGAGUCCCCUAGUGUCCAUCGAGAACGGUGAAAACCACUCGUGUCAGGCAAGACUCGACGAUGUGAAAACCGCUAAGACGGAAAUUGCUGCUAAGAAAAACGAUCUUCCCGCGAUAGCGAAGAAAUCACCGGACAAAGAAAAUCUGGCACCAGUUUCGUUGAAUAACAAUAGGCAGAUCAAUAAUAUCGUGUACGAUAAUAGAGAUAAUGAUGAUAGGCAUGCUUGGACUAUAGAAAGAGACGACAAGCACGAUAAGUCGUUGUGUAACAUGCGUUUCAAUUUGAAAGAAAAGAGACACUUAUUUCUGGAGCAGGUUCUUUCGCCGGUUCCAAAACUCUGGAAUAAACGCAUCUCCUUUCAUCCGAGCACGAAAAAUUUAUAAUGAACUCCUUGGGUUCUCUCAUUCGCG